GGUUGCCAAGGAUGGAUAUCUGUGACGUCUGAGCGUCGCUGGUGGACGAGCAGGGCAUACUCUUGCACCCCAUCGACAGCAAAGAGAUGCCUUCGUUCAUCGGCGGCAGCUGUGGGGCCAUAGCUGUUGAAGGGCCGUUCUGAUGGCCGAACGACACUGCCCAAGCAGAGAGGAGGUGAAGCAGACUGAGAGGGGAAUGAAACACCCACAAGGGCGGCCGCACCCGAACAAGUUGUGCGCUCUCUUUGUUUAUUGAUCAUGAUUUCAGGAGCGUGUAGAUGGCAUGUUGGUUGGUGACGGUGAUGGCACUGAAGACCCACCGCAGCAAAAUGGACAGCAGGUGCGCGUGUGAUGCACUCACGCACAGCCGGCAUUGCAGCCAGGACAGGUGCUUGUCCAUGUCUGACUGAUUUGUCGUGUCUGCCACAGGCUGCUGGUUCAGCGUCCAUGACCGUCGGCGAGGAGGGUGCCCUCAGCAUGGGGCUCUUGCACGACGUCAUAGAUAGAGUGGUGAGCAUCAGCACAAGUGCACCCGGCCGUGUGUGGCCAAUCUCAAUGUGCGACGCUUUUGCUUCUCUGCAGCCUGGUCUCGUUGUUCGCUUCAUCGCCUUCCCCCCGCUCCACCUGGUGAUGCAGCUGUCGUGCCACACACGACAAGAGGCAGCCCCGCACCACAGCCACCUCACCAUCAGCGCGGCCACGGCGGCCGAGCGGUCUUUCUGGCGACGACUGCCCCUCACGCUCAUCCAGGACCUGGCGGCAUGGCUCACACAGCUGACGGCCAUCACCCUCCGCUGCCCAGUCCAGAUCGCUGGCUGGUGCCUCGACGUUAUGGUGACGAUCGUUGAGGGGCACGCCGAGGCGCGACGGGCCAGGGGGAUGCACCGAGGGACGCUCACCAGCAUCAGCAUAUUCCCUGACGUCCAAUUGGCACACAGACAGCGAAGCGCCCUCCGCCAAACCACUCUGGACCGUCCCCCGCCCUUUGUCACACGGCCGACCCUCGACGCCCUCGCAUCCAUCACUGGCCUGCAGGACGUCCAUGAGUAUUCGGUGGCCGAGAGAGGGUGGGACAUGCCCUCCUUGGCUGUAGUGGAGCAGGAGGGCUGGAACGGCGACACAUUGGGGCGAUUCAUCGUCUCGUCCCGGUGUCUGAAGCGUGUGAGUGGACGACUCCUCCGGCGCCCCUGGGUGGAAGCCUUCAAGGGCAUGCCGGUGGCCGCAUGGGGCGAGGCAGGCCCACUGAGCCAGCUGGAGGCCAUCGGCACCAUCGAGAUCACUGGCUCCAUUCAGCAACAUCUAGACCAACUCCAGCUAGGAUCACCCGGAAACACCCAAAGCAGAGCUUUGCAUACACAUCUUGUACGCAGGCGACGCUGACAUCGCGUGGCUGCCGGAAGCGAAUCAAGCAGCUCGACCUCAGCAUGUCGUAUCUUUGCACCGUGGACCAGUUCAGCAUACCCCAUCUGCGCACCAUUGACCGGUUCGUAGCUGCCUGCUGCGCGUCGCCCGACAUCCCAGUCACGUGUUCCAGCCCAUGGGCGAGAUUCAACCCGAUGAUCCUGUGCCACGACGGCUUUCCCGCCCAUCCGUCCCCCGCCCUCACCUCCGUCAUGAAGCAGAUGGCCAAGCAGGCACACGAUGUGCGGUUCGACCUCACCACGGCCUCAUCCCUCACACCCGCCCCCAAGCAGUCAGCGAUCGACCUGGCCGGGCAGCUGUCCUUCGACAACGCCAAGAGAGUGACGUUCAACAGCACCCAUGUCGAUCCCAACUCCCCGGUCCGCCGCCCCUCAUUCAUCGAGCACAUGCAGCCCCUCCCCAAGGCCGAUUGGCUGUGCCUGUCCGGCCGUCUGAAUGAGGAAGCCAGCAGGUCGCUGGCUUCGAAGAUGCCCCAGCAGCUGGAUAGGCUGGAGAUCACCAGGAUGCCGGUGGGUGAUGCGGUGGGCGCCAUCCGGGCGCUGGGCAAGGAGCGGGAGGUGGGGUGGGUGGACCUCAGUCAGGUGGUGAUGGACAGAGAGAGAUAUGGCAGGGCGGAUGGCAUCGCUCAGCUGGUGGGGGCGGCGGCCGACUUGCCCGUCAUCAAGUCACUUGAGCUUCAUUUGACGGGUCAGCGCCACACACAGGACGAAAUACACAAGGGAUUGUCUCUGUGUCCUUUCAGUUCGUGAGGACCUGGCAGGCAAAGCUGAGGCCGAGUAUGUGCGUGGCAUCCUCUCAUCGCUUCUGCAGCAGCUAAGAGGCCUGCGGCGGCUGGAGAUGUACCUGCCGGACAUUUCCUGUCCGCAGGCCGUGACGGAUGGCACGACUGUCCACGGCUUCCACAUUUGAUGGAGCCGGACCGCUUCGUGGGGGCGGACGCUUACCGCCUGCCAGUAUUGAGCAGGUGAGGUGCACCAGUGUCGCUCAUUUGUCGCGUUUCAUCACCUGUGUCACUUAUCUGACCAGGUGGCCGGCGGCCUGGCCAUUGCAUCCCCUUGAGACGCUCUGGUGCAGCUGGCUGAGAGGGGAUUGUGUAGAUGACCUGUUGGCUGACGUGUGUACGGAUGGUGGGGGGCCCACCAACACGGCGGCCGGCCAUGUGUGUAGGAGGAAGGGACGUUGCAUCUGAGCGGGACUGCUGAAUGGGUGCACAGGGGGUGAUACUAUACAUACAUGCUUACAUGUUGAUGAC